AUGGAAAGACAUAAAAGACUGGAACGAAAGAGAAAACGAGAAGAUGAUGAGAGACAAGAAGAAGAGAGAAAAAGAUGGAAGAAAAUGAUUGAGGAUCUGAAACAAGAACAAGAAGAAGAGAAAAAGAGUAGAGAAAAGGUGGAGAAGAAGAGAAAAGAAAGAGAAGAGAAAGAGCGAAAUGAAAUGAAACAGAAACAUGAAGAGGAAAUGAGAGAGAUGAAGAAGAAACGUGAAGAUGAAGCCAGAAAACAAGCAGAAGAAUGGAAUGAUUUCAGAGAGAAAAAAGAGAAGCACGUUCAGGAGCUUCAGCAGAUGCUGGAAGAUCAUCAGAAACAACGUGAAGUACUUGAGAAACUCUACCAACUCCUGAAAAAUCAGAAAGGAGAUGAAAUAAAAGAGCUGCAAAAACAAGUUGAAGAACUGAAGAAUAAAUCAAAAGGAUGUGUGAUUCAGUGAAAAUAUAUAAUGAAA